AUGAGUUUGCUCAGUAAGGUAUUGGUCAGAAGAAGCUGCUUCGAUGUGGGCAUGAGAAGGACCCCACAAUGGCACCCCCACUACUCUACCACGGCGGGCAACACCAGCGUGAACAAGAAGGGCAGCAAGGUAGUGCCCGUGUUGACGGCGUUGGCAUUAGCAUCGAUUUUCGUGAAGAAGUGGUAUGAGGACUCGAAGAUCAAGAAGGCAGACGCCACCAGCGUUACGGUGGACCCGGCCAUCUCUGCCUUCCCGAAGCGGAUGGGCCCUCCGCAGUGGCCAUUUGCGACGCAGUACGAGUUGCUUGGGAAGGGCGUGCGGUGUGUGUCCUCCAUCACUUUCAAGGCCUACGGCCUGGGCAUCUACGUGGCGGCAGAGGACAAGCACUUGGUCGCCGAGGUGCUGGACUCAAAGUUCCUGUCUCAGGCGUUUAUCGACAUCGCGGCUCCCUCAUUGCCGGCAAAGACACACCAGGAGAACCUGCGUACAGCCUUGGACGACCCUGCCAAGGCCCCGGUCUUGAUCAAUAACCUCUUGGACAGUGGGAUCAGGCUCAUGGCCAAAAACACCCCAAUAAAGGCGGGGUCUUUCAAACUGCUAAUGGACGGCACCAGGAAGAGCAUUCUAAAGAACCCGGACUCGCAGACCCAGGACAAGGAACGACUGGAGGCCGGGUUUCAAGAACUACACGACUGCUUCAGGAGUGUGAAGGGGCUUGUAGCUCGGGACGACGACUUCUUCAUUGAGUUGAACAAGGACUGCUCUCUGAGCCUGUCCUACUACACCAAGAAAAGGGACGAGUUCGUGAUACUGGGUACUGUCAAAGAACCUCUCAUCGGGAAGCUCUUAUUCGCCCACUACCUAGCCGGCGUGGACCCUCCCUCCCUGGAAGUUAAACAAGAGGUGGCGGACGCGCUCGUAUCCUUGGCCUAG